AUGGCCCAUUCCUCCAUUCUCUGCGUCUCAGCUCUUCUCGUCCUGCUCCUUACCACCCAACUCUCCUCUGCUAACAUAGCGAUAGCACCCCCCUCUGCAGGACCUCCAAUCACUGGAAGAGGAUCUGCACCACCACUUCCAAUCAGAGGAGGCGGAGGUGGGGGUGGUGGAGGCGGCGGCGGUGGUGGUGGUGGAGGGUCAAGCUCUGGUGGUGGGUCAGGAUUUGGGUCUGGAACAGGAGGUGGGUCUGGCUCUGGCUUUGGAGGAGCAGUAGGUGCAGGAGGAGGUGGAGGAGGAGGUGGUGGUGGUGGUGGUGGUGGUGGAAGAGGUGGAAGAGGUGGACGAGGUGGUGGGUCAGGCUCUGGCGGUGGUAGAGGUGGUGGGUGCGGCGGCGGGUUCGCGAGUGUUGGUGGAACUUGA